AUGUACGCAGCAGCGGCGGCGGGUGCAGCCAGCCCCGUGCCCCUCAAGGGCGUUUCGGGUGAACCCAGGGCCGAACGGAGACCCACACCCCGGCUAAGCUCGCCGACGGCCGAGCGACAUCUCGCUUCCCUGCUGCAGCAGUUGCGCCGCGAAAGGUCAAAUCACCUGAUUCAUCUUCAGCAGUGCCACAAGUCCCACUCUUGGCAGCAGCCUCAGAAAUCUGAUUUGGGCCUAGCUUUUGAGAAAACAGGAAUUUCUGAACCUAAGGUUUACAGCAGCUAUGUCUCUGCCUCUCCACCCGGAAAGUUGCCAAAGUGCUUCACAAGCAGCUUUCUACUUGAGAAGGGAAAUGAAUUGCACCACUGCACUAGUUCGCUUCCUACAGAAGUAACAAUGGCAAAUUCUUCACAUUUUCUACAUGGACAGGUGAGUAUCAUGCAUUGUAAUAUACUACUACAUGAGCUAAAAGUUUUCAUAAUUUUGUGAAGUAGGAUUGCCUCAAAGCCAGAAAUAAAAACCUUUUGAAAAGAGCCGUAAAACAAUUUGAGAAUUGUAAAAGCCUUACAGAUAUUUGACUGUCAUUCCAGUGUGUUAUUGAGUCUCUGAACUUGCUCUUUUCAUUUAAUACUGUCCACCAGAUUCAUAACUGUCCACACUGUGGACCUCCGUUAUGCCUCAGACAUUAUUC